AUGACGGGGGAGUGGUCAGUCGGGCUUUGCGACUGCUUUGGAGAUUUCCACACCUGUUGCUUGACUUUCUGGUGCCCCUGUGUCACAUUUGGCCGCACUGCUGAGAUCGUGGAUAGAGGCUCCACAUGUUGCCAAUGGCUGUAUGGUUGUACCAAGCGCUCCUCAAUGCGCGCGCAAUACAACUUGCAAGAAUCCCCUUGCUUGGACUGCUGCGUCCACUUCUGGUGUGGCCCCUGCGCGCUUGGCCAGGAGUACAAGGAGCUGGAGAAACGCGGCUUCAACAUGGCCAAAGGAUGGGAAGGUAGCAACAAGGUGGUGGGGUGUUUUCAAGGGAUGACGACACCACCAAGAAAGCAAUCCAUGUGCUUCUAG